AUGGUGUAUAUGCUGUCCUCAUGCGAUGAAGGCGCUGUUAUAAAUCCUACAACUGGUAAACCUGAAAUCAUUAUGUUCUACAACCAGACAAAAGGCGGCGUCGACACAUUUGACCAGAUGUGUUCUUCGAUGUCUUGUUGUAGAAAGAGUAACAGAUGGCCAAUGACAAUGUUUUAUGGCAUAUUGAAUAUAGCUUUUAUCAACUCAUAUGUUAUUUACACACACAAUGUUUUGUCAAAACAAGAAAAACCAUUAAACAGAAGAGAAUAUAUGAAAAGACUAAGUACUGAACUGUCAAAACCGUCGAUGAGAUCUAGAUUGGAAAUCCCUACUUUAUCGAGGCGUUUGAGAGAAAAUAUUGAGAAUAUCCUGCCACAAACGAAUCAAGAGGCUUCUCAAGAAACUGAAGAGGAACCUCCGGCUAAAGUUCGGCGUUACUAUAACUUAUGUACUACUAAAAAAAAAAGAAUGUCUAAGAUGACAUGUACAAAAUGUAAAAAGACAGUGUGUGGUGAACAUAAAAAAGAUGUUUGCAACAAUUGUCUGUAA